GAGGCUCGGUGAGUCAGAGCCGCACAGUAAAUAUUUGUAUUAGCCGGAGCCGGCUCGCUAAUGGUGGACGCGUGAAGCGGAGGAGCGGGCAGCGCGGCGUUGGCGGCGCCAUGUCCGUGAACAUGGAUGAGCUUAAGCACCAGGUCAUGAUCAAUCAGUUCGUGCUGACGGCCGGCUGUGCGGCCGACCAGGCGAAGCAGCUGCUGCAGGCGGCCCACUGGCAGUUCGAGACGGCCCUCAGCGCCUUUUUCCAGGAGACCAACAUUCCCUACAAUCACCACCACCAGAUGAUGUGCACUCCCGCCAACACCCCUGCAACGCCUCCCAACUUCCCAGAUGCCCUCACCAUGUUCUCCCGUCUCAAGGCCUCUGAGAGCUUCCACGGUGGCGGCGGCAGCGGUAGCCCAAUGGCUGCCACGGCCACAUCACCCCCGCCGCACUUGCCCCACGGUGCCACCGGCAGCUUUGCAGCACCCAGCUGGCCAAUGGUGGCCUCACCCCCAGGGGGACCACAACACCACCAGCCGCAGCAGCCGCCCCUGUGGACUCCAGCACCCCCUUCCCCCGCGUCAGACUGGCCACCCUUGGCCCCCCAACAAGCUGCCUCAGAACCAAGGGCCCACCCUGCCAUGGAGGCUGAGAGAUAAG